AGAGAAACACAGCCAUCUGAAGUGGUCAUGAACCCCAAACAAGUCUUCCUUUCUGUCCUGCUGUUUGGGGCAGCAGGGCUUCUGCUCUUCAUGUAUCUGCAAGUCUGGAUUGAAGAACAGCCCACAGGUAACAUGGAGACCCUAUGUUUUCCCUAA